AGGAGCCUCAAUCUCGAGCCAUCUCCAGCCAACUGCCGGUGACGGUGCAGUGCCAGGAGGCUCAGCUGGUGGUGACGGUGCACAGGGACCUCUUUGGUACUGGGCGCUUGGUCAAACCGGCCGAGCCGACAACCCCGCCGUCAUCCCCAUCGAGUGCGGGGGUGGCCCCGCCGUCGGCUUCUCAAUGCUUUUCCACCCAGAUCACGCCGGAUUCCCUCAUCUACCGCACGCUCCUCAACUACGACCCCAGCCCCGCCAGCAACCCCGUCAUCAUCCGCAGCAACCCCGCCGUCAUCCCCAUCGAGUGCCACUACCCCAGGAGGGAGAACGUGAGCAGCAACGCCAUCCGCCCCACCUGGGCUCCCUUCAGCCACACGCUCUGCCUGGUUGAUGGGAGGUCAGACGACACCAGCUCUGCCUUCAUCACCCCCCGGCCCCGGGAGGACAUGCUGCGCUUCAGGAUCGAUGUGUUCAGGUUCGCGGGGGACGCCAGGAACCUG